AUGCAUGUCCCCACACCUAGUUGCUGUCUCCACUUCGGUCAGAAACCUUGGCCGAAAUGGCUGGAUGUCUACCUGGGUACUCAUCAAUGUCGGCCGCCAAAGGUCAAGGCGGAAAACCCGAUCGUUUUAGCCACCAGGAAGUGGCUUGCAACGGUUCCCGUUGAGGUCGAGAGCGUUACGGGCUUAGGCCGUCAUAAUGCUCUCCUCGCACAAACACCUAAACGCUUCUCUGUAUACGAGCCUCUGGUCUUACUCCCCGCUGGCAGUUUUCACACCCCUCAAUGGCGUGCGCUUUUGUCUCAUCCCCAGCUCGACGAGCCCAGUCUCCAUCAUCUCUGGGUAGCCAUAUUAGACGAGAUAUCUCGAACCCACAGUCACUCGGGGUUGUCGACUCAUCUGGCCAUCAACGAAGGCAUACCUGUACGGUGCCCCGCCCAUGAUCCGGUUUCGGACGACGGGGUUGCUCAGGAAGCUGAUAGGACCGACAAUGUCCUCCGAUCUCCCAAGGGGCUGAGGAUGUUGUACGGUGAUUUCGGUCCAAGCCAGGCACCCGCUAAUCCGUCCGCUGAAGAUUUUGAUCGGGCCCUGUGGGUUUCGACCAAGCAGAACGGAAUCUACCAGACCUGGGCGCCGCGGUGGACAAUGUUCAGCCGGGGCAACGUCAAGGAGAAGGCCCGCCUUCUGAACUUCCAUAACGACGACACCUGGCCGCACCGAUUCGCCGUUGCUCCUGGGUCCGAGGGCCAGUGGGCAGUGGACUUGUACGCCGGGAUCGGCUAUUUCACAUUCUCAUAUGCGCGGCUCCGGCUUCGCGUCCUUUGCUGGGAACUCAACCCAUGGAGCGUCGAGGCCCUGUGUCGCGGCGGCAAGGCAAAUGGAUGGGGAGUGAAGAUUGUGAAGGGGGACGACUUGCUCCGUCCCUCGGCCGAGCUCGUGUCCGGCGACGAAAGGAUCAUCGUGUUUCUGGAAGACAACCGGGAAGCCGCCCGCAGACUGCAAGAUAUCAGAGCGUCGGGGCUGAGACUUGACAUCGUCCACGUCAAUGCCGGCAUGCUCCCUACCAGUGAGGAGACGUGGCGCCCUGCCUGGGACAUGGCCGCUCUCGAAGGGGAAGUCAGCUGGCUGCAUCUCCACGAGAACGUCGGCUUCAGUGAUUUGGGACGCAGACGCGAGGAGAUACAAAAUUUAUUUGACGACUGUGCAGCAGUCUCGGAAAAGAACGGGACUGGAAAUUCGCGCCAUGCCAAAGUAGAACAUGUUGAACUGGUCAAAACAUAUGCGCCCGACGUGUGGCACUGCGUCUUCGACGUAUGUAUUAAGAGGAUAUAUACAGAAAAUUCAUGUCCCUAA